AUGUCAAAAUCGUUGAUGCGCAGAGCUAAAAACGUGGUGAACGGGUACUCCACGACGCAAGUGCUGUUGCGAGAGGCCACUUCGAACGACCCAGAUGGACCCUCGCUGGAUUUGAUGGACGAGAUCGCGGAGCGGUCCUGGGACAGCGUGAGCUUUUUCGAAAUUAUGGAUAUGCUCGACAAGCGCUUGAACGACAAGGGAAAGAACUGGCGUCACGUGGCGAAGUCGCUAACAGUACUGGACUAUCUCGUGCGGUGCGGCUCGGAGCAUUGUGUGCCCUGGGCCAAGGAAAACCUGUAUAUCAUCAAGACGCUUCGCGAAUUUACGCAUGAGGACGAGACAGGCGUAGAUCAAGGCCAAAUUGUGCGGGUUAAGGCGCGUGAGCUCACAGCGCUGCUGCAAGACGAGGAGCGGCUGCGCGAGGAGCGCGAGCUCAAAGGACGCAAUCGCAGACCGCGCCGUCGCAAGAACAGUGAUUCCUAUGACGACGACAUGCAGCGCGCUCUCGAGGAGAGCAGAAUGACUGCAGAGCAAGAGGAAGCCGAGCGCCGCCGCAAGCUCGAGAUGUAUGACAAUAGUGCAGAUGACCUGCAGACGGCGCUGCAGCUAAGCAAAGAGGAGGAAGAGCUCCGGCGCUUGCGCGAGCUGCAGAUGCAGCAGCAAAUGCAGCAAGCUCAACAGCAAAUGUUCGGGCUUCAGCAGCAGCAGACCCAGCAACCUAUGUAUUACGACGUGUUUGGCAAUCCAAUUAGCGCUGAAGAGUACUUGCAAUAUCAGCAGCAGAUGUUGGAGCAGCAACAGAUGCUCGAACAGCAGCAGCAGCAGCAGGCGCUGGCUCAACAACUGGCUCAACAGCAGUAUUUGGCCCAGCAGCAGUACUUGGCCCAGCAGCAGCAGCAACAGCAGGCGCUGGCACAACAGCAGUACAUGCAGGCGUAUGCGCAGCAACAGAACGCGCAGCAACAGCUCCUGCCUCUGGAAACAGGCUCCAACAACCCCUUCGCAAAGAACGCACAGCAACCCUCGGCUGAAGAUCCAUCUAAGUAUGCAGCAGCUUCUUCGCCACAGCGUACUCAACAACUCUCCCCUCAACUACAGCCACAACCAGAACAAUUUCAACAGCAACAGCAGCAGAUUCCUCAACAGCCGCUCAAGCAAACCAGAACUGGUAACCAAUCUGUUACUGACAAAUUCAGCGAUCUAAAUAACCUCCUAGCGAGCGGUACUGGCUUAGACACAUUUGGUAAUACCGGCCAGACCCGUAUUCCUGCCCAACACACCAAGACUGGCACUUUCAUUAACUCUCAGGGUACAGGCUACAAGCAAGUCUCAAAUAUGCCUCAAGGUAAACACAAUCCCUUCUUGGGCCAGCAAUACACCGGUCUUCCCAGCACAAGUGUCGUACCUUCUUACACAGGAUAUGGCUUUGGAAAUCAAAACGUGCAGAAGCAGACAAACCAAAACCGUGCAAACGGUGCGGACCAAGGCGUUAGCUUGAUCGACCUAUAA